AUGUUCAAUCGUUUCAAUAAAUUUCAAGUUGCUUUAGCCUUGGUUCUUUACUCUCAAGGUGCAUUGGGCCAGUACUAUAGCAAUACCACGUCAAUUCCAAGCAACAGUUCAUCCAGAGCUGUUGCAUCAAGUUCUUCAGAUUCCUUUGCGAUUAGUACUUCCAUCACUCAAUCUGCUUCAUCUGCUUCCGAUGUCUCAAGUUCUAUCGCUCCAUCGACCUCAUCCGCUACCGACAUCUUGAGUUCUGUAUCUCAAUCAGCUCCGUUCGCUUCCAGCUCAUUCGCCUCUCUUUCAUCCGCCACUGCCACACAAUCAAUCACUUUCAGUUCUGAUUUCUCAAGUUCUAUCCCUCUAUCGACCUCAUCUGUUUCUGGCGUCCCAAGUUCCUUCACUUCCGGUUCCUUAGGUUCUAUCACUUCUUCAGCUUCUAGCGCAAGUGCCACAGCCUCCAACUCACUUUCUUCCAGUGAUGGUACUAUUUAUUUGCCAUCUACAACAAUCGCUGGCGAUCUAACGCUAACAGGUUCAGUGAUUGCAACAGAAGCCGUCGAAAUUGCAGCCGGCGGUAAAUUGGUCCUACUUGACGGUGACAAAUAUGUCUUCUCAGCUGAUCUGAUAGUUAACGGUGAUUUGGCAGUGGAAAAAUCCAAGCCAACCUACCCAGGUACCUCAUUCGACGUUUCAGGUGGUAACUUUGAAGUUUCAGGUAACUUCGAUGCUGAAGAACCCGCUGCUACUUCUGCGUCUAUCUACUCGUUUACACCUGGCUCUUUUGUAAGCAGCGGUGUCAUUUCUUUGAAUCUUUCAGAGGCCAAGAAGGGUGAAGUUACUUUCUCUCCGUACUCUAACUCUGGUAGAUUCUCUUUGUCAAACGCUAUCCUCAACGGCGGUUCUGUCUCCGGUUUGCAACGUAGAGCGGAAACAGAGGGAUCCAUAAACAACGGUGAAAUUAAUCUAGACGACGGAAGUACCUAUGUCAUUGUUGAACCUAUUUCCGGAAAAGGCACAGUAAACAUUAUCUCUGGUAACCUUUACUUACAUUACCCAGAUACUUUUACUGGUCAAACUGUCGUUUUCAAGGGAGAAGGUGUUCUUGCCGUUAACCCCACUGAGACCAACGCUACUCCUAUUCCUGUUGUUGGCUACACCGGUAAAAACCAAAUUGCCAUUACUGCCGACAUCACUGCGCUUUCUUAUGACGGUACCAUCGGUGUUUUAACUGCGACUCAGGGCAACUCACAAUUCUCUUUCGCCGUUGGUACUGGAUUCUCCAGCGCUAGCUUCAGUGUUUCCGAAGGAACCUUUGCUGGCGCCUAUGCUUACUAUCUAAAUUACGCUGGUGUUUUAGCUUCUAGUGCCACAUCUUCAUCCACCUCUACCAUAUCUGGAGCUUCUUCCACUUCAUCUGGAAAUUCCACUUCUGCUACUGGUACUGGCUCAAUCACGUCAUCCGGUGCAUCUGUCUCAGGAUUGAACACCUCAUCUGAAACAUCCAUUUCUACCACUGGUACUGAUUCGGUCACCUCAUCCGUCUCAGGUUCAAGCACUUCAUCUGGCGUUUCUGCAUCUAGCUUUACCUCAGGUUUUGCAUCUGUUUAUACCACAACACUAACUUACGCAACUGCCACAAGUACAAUCGUCGUUUCCUGUUCAGAAACAACUGACGGUAAUGGUAACAUCUACACCAUCACCAAAACUAUUCCAUGUUCCUCCACUACUGCCACAAUCACUUCUUGUGAUGAAAACGGAUGUCAUGUCACUACAUCAAUCGGUCACGAUGCGACCGCUACCGUUUCUUCUAAAUCAUACACCACUGUCACUGUUAGUCAUUGCGACGAUAACGGCUGUAAUGUAAGGACUGUCACUUCUGAAGCCCCUGAAGCUAUCACAACUACCGGUUCUUCUACAUUUUAUACUAGCUCCACUGUCACUCACUGUGACGAUAACGGCUGUAAUGUCAAGGCUGUCACUUCUGAAGCUCCUGUAGAAACUUCAACAGCCACUGCUUCUUCAAGGUCGUUCACCACUACCACUGUUACCCACUGUGACGACAAUGGCUGCAACUUGAGGACCGUCACUUUCGAAGUCCCUGAAGCCACCGCUACCAUUACCUCCACACAAUCAUAUACCACUUCUGAAGCUCCUAAACCAACCUCAUUGACCGCUGCUAUUUCAGAAGCAUCUAGUGUGGUUUCCGAAGUUUCUAAGUCUGGCAUUCCAACCUCUCGAACGAUUGCUCCUAAAACUUCUAAUGCUAUCACUAUUCAAUCCGAAGGUAUCGCAGCAGGUUUGAGAAUAAACGCUUUGAGCACUUUGGUCAGUAUUUUCGUUCUUGCUUUUUUUAACUAA